GGAAGACAGUGGUGACAGCAGUACAGGUGGGGAAACAGAGCCAGCUACUUCAGACAAGUCCAUCAAGGUUAAACAGCUAUCUUCAAAGCUAUACGAAUGCCAAGAGUGCAGCUGUACAGGACUAACCCGGUACCAAUUAAAGAAUCACAUAGUACGGAAACACACCAAACAAUACCCCUUUGUCUGCGAGGAAUGCGGCUAUUGUUGUAUCAACAGGAGGGACUUCAAAAACCACCAACGAAUCCACCUGAAAGACAAGCCCUUCCGGUGCAUGAAGUGUGAUUUCCGCACCAGUUUUCAGAGCAGUCUACACAGACACAUGACGGACCACUUUGGUACACGGAUGUUCACCUGUGGGGUUUGUGGCUACCGUGCGGUAUACACUACUGUGGCUAAACACAUGCUGACUCAUGUUGGGGAAGUGAGAACGGAUGUGUUCAAGUGCACACAGUGUACGUUUGUAACAACUGACAGGAGUGAGCUGAAAGAGCACGUUGAAAAGGCAGGGCAUGACCAACCUUCCUGUCCACCCACCAAACAGUUCAUCUGUGGGUAUUGUGACUUCAGGACGAAAAAGAGAGAAAAACUGAAGAGACACAAACGGGAGGUUCAUAACGACGGUGGGCAUGAGACUCCAAAGCAGAAGAAAGGGAGCAAAAGUUUCCUCUGUGAGACGUGCGGUUACUCUACACCACUGAAAACUGACCUUGAGAUCCACAGUAGAAUUCACACCGGGGAGAAGCCAUACAUGUGUGAACAGUGUGGGUACACGUGUGCCCGCAAGAACGCUCUCAAAAUACACAUGUACAAACACACCGGGCAGUACCCCCACAUCUGCCAAUACUGUGGGUACAAAGCCGUACGAAAGUUGGACCUAACCAACCAUGUAAGAAUACAUACCGGGGAGAAGCCUUACAAAUGUGACCUGUGUGACUUUGCUUCUGCCUUUAAGUGCAGCGUCAGAAAACAUAUGGUCAAACAUUCUGGGGAUAAGUCACAUGCAUGUGACAAGUGUUCUUAUAGAACAGGCUAUAAGGCAGCCCUGGAUAUGCACAUGAAAGUUCACACUGGGGUUAAGCCUUACAUUUGUAAAUACUGCAAUUAUGCCUCUGCUUACAAGGUGAGCCUUGUAAAGCACAUGUCCAAACACCAUGCUGAUGAGAAAGGCUCACAUCUGUCCAUGGAGAGUGAAGCAGCCAGCUCUAUAACAACACAAGAUGCUACAGGGGGAAAUGAGGAGAGUGAUUGGUUUAAUCAUUAUCUUGGCUUCCAACCUUUAAAUACAACAGAUAUGUGAAGCCAGUACUACUAGUAAUCCCAAGUAGAGGUUUUGGUCUUACUAAUAAUAAUUAUGAUGUAGAGAUCAAAUAUGACUCUGUCAAAUGACUUCUUCAUGCUAACUUAGUAAUGCCUGUCUUAUUCUUGUACCAAGUGAAGUGCUUGCUCUGGGAAACCAUGACUAGAUCAGAACCAUUGAGAAGAAGAACUUGAGGAUUGAUACAGCAUCUGAAGUUGAACCAAGUUUGAAUUUGUGUUUUGUCCAUUUCAAAACAGACCUUCAUUAAUUUUUGUUUACUUAAAAUGUACAUAUUUAGAGAUUUGUAGUUGCUGA